CCUGCGGACCCUGCUGUACCUCCUGGCCACAGUGCCGGGCCGAGGCCGCAAUACCCGGCUGCUGGAGAGCGGGAUCCACCCCAGGACGUCGGGUCGCUGCGGACAUAAUGUCAAGUGGAAAUGAUCAGCAGUCAGAGGCUCUUAGCAAACCCACUUUCAGUGAGGAACAGGCCUCUGCAUUAGCGGAGUCAGUGUUUGGGUUGAAAGUUUCCAAGGUCCAGCCACUUCCUAGCUAUGAUGACCAAAACUUUCAUGUCUACGUUUCAAAAACCAAAAAUGGCCCAACUGACUAUGUCCUCAAAAUAAGCAACACCGAGGCUAGCAAAAAUCCAGACCGGAUUGAAGUGCAGAAUCACAUCAUCAUGUUUCUGAAAGCAGCUGGAUUUCCAACAUCCUCUGUGUGUCGCACUAAAGGAGACAACACAGCUUCUCUCGUGUCUAUAGAUAGUGGCUCUGAAAUCAAAAGCUACUUGGUGAGGCUGCUGACUUACCUCCCAGGAAGACCCAUAGCUGAGAUUCCCAUGAGCCCCCAGCUAUUGUAUGAAAUUGGAAAGCUAGCUGCCAAAUUGGAUAAGACACUGCAGAAAUUCCAUCACCCAAAGUUAAGUAGUCUUCAUCGGAAGAACUUCAUCUGGAAUCUGAAAAAUGUUCCUCUUCUGGAGAAAUACCUGUAUGUCCUGGGCCAGAAUCGAAACCGAGAGAUUGUCGAGCAUGUCAUUCAUCUAUUCAAGGAGGAAGUAAUGCCCAAGUUAAGUCAUUUUCGAGAAUGUAUCAAUCAUGGAGAUCUUAAUGACCAUAAUAUUUUAAUAGAGUCCAGCAAGUCAGCCUCUGGAAAUGCUGAAUAUCAAGUGUCUGGGAUUUUAGACUUUGAUGACAUGAGCUAUGGCUACUAUGUGUUUGAACUGGCAAUUACCAUCAUGUACAUGAUGAUUGAAAGCAAAACUCCUAUACAAGUAGGAGGCCAUGUCCUUGCAGGAUUUGAAAGCAUCACCCCACUGACAGCUGUAGAGAAGGGUGCUUUGUUUUUACUUGUAUGCAGUCGUUUUUGCCAGUCACUUGUCAUGGCUGCAUACUCUUGCCAGCUAUACCCAGAGAACAAAGAUUAUUUCAUGGUUACUGCAAAAACCGGGUGGAAACACUUACAGCAAAUGUUUGACAUGGGUCAGAAAGCUGUAGAAGAAAUCUGGUUUGAAACUGCCAAAUCCUAUGAAUCUGGGAUCUCCAUGUGA